GAUUUCUAAGGUCCGCCAGUGAUUGGCUGCGCCAACGAAGCAACCGCCGGAUGACGGGGGGCUUCCAAUCGCCUCACAUCAUCAAAGAACUCUAGUCUUCCGUUCCACAUCAAAUAAUCUCCACUCAAGACCUUCCCUCCGCCGCCACCACUCCCACCAACCCGACCCCAACCAUAUUUCGUCCUUUCCUUUUGUCUACCCCCCGCGAUCUCAGUUCACGAUGAUGCGGCAAGGGCUAUUACGGGGCUUGAAGCCGGCGCGCACUUUCGCCUCGACCGCCAAGAGAACUUUCACCUCCACACCACGAACCGCCGCCGAAGUCGAGAUCACUGUUGAUGGCAAGAAAGUGAAGAUUGAGCAGGGAGCGGCGCUCAUCCAGGCCUGCGAGAAAGCCGGCGCUACCGUCCCGCGGUAUUGCUACCAUGAAAAACUCAUGAUUGCCGGCAACUGCCGUAUGUGCUUGGUCGAGGUCGAAAGAGUGCCUAAGCCGGUGGCAUCCUGCGCAUGGCCCGUCCAGCCGGGAAUGGUUGUGAAGACGAAUUCGCCGGUGGUGCACAAGGCACGCGAGGGAGUGAUGGAGUUCUUGUUGACGAACCACCCUCUGGAUUGCCCCAUCUGCGAUCAAGGAGGUGAAUGUGAUCUCCAGGACCAGUCGAUGCGCUACGGAGCCGACCGCGGCCGUUUCCACGAGAUCACCGGAAAGCGUGCGGUCGAGGACAAGAACAUCGGCCCGCUCAUCAAGACGUCCAUGAACCGUUGCAUCCACUGCACUCGGUGCAUCCGAUUCGCCAACGACAUUGCCGGUGCUCCGGAAUUCGGAUCUACGGGUCGUGGAAAUGAUAUACAGAUUGGUACCUACCUCGAGAGAAACCUCGAUUCGGAACUUUCCGGCAAUGUUAUCGAUCUGUGCCCCGUCGGUGCCUUGACUUCCAAGCCCUAUGCUUUCCGUGCAAGGCCGUGGGAGCUCAAGGGGACGGAGACUAUCGAUGUUCUCGAUGCUCUGGGAUCUAACGUCCGGGUGGACGCUAGGGGAUUGGAAGUGAUGCGUGUUAUUCCCCGGUUGAACGACGAUGUCAACGAGGAAUGGAUCAACGACAAGACACGAUUUGCAUGCGAUGGGUUGAAGACGCAGCGAUUGACGACUCCGCUCGUCCGAAAGGAUGACCGCUUCGCUCCUGCCACCUGGGAGCAGGCAAUGUCCGAGAUCGCGGCGGCACACAAAAAGCUGGCACCGAAGGGCAACGAGUUCAAGGCAAUCGCUGGACAUCUCGUCGAGGCGGAAUCGCUGGUCGCGCUGAAGGAUCUAAUGAACAAGCUCGGAUCCGAGAACCUUGCACUCGACCAGCCCAACGGUAGUGCCCCUCCGGCGCACGGUAUCGACGUCCGGUCCAACUAUCUUUUCAACUCCAAGAUCCACGGAGUCGAGGAGGCGGAUGCUAUCCUUCUUGUCGGCACCAACCCUCGCCACGAAGCUGCUGUCUUGAACGCGAGAAUUCGAAAGCAGUGGCUGCGGUCGGACCUGGAAGUCGGACUUGUUGGAGAGCAAUUCGAGAGCACUUUCGAGUACGAGCACCUCGGUGCCGAUGCCGCUGCCCUCAAGAAGACUCUGGCUGGGCCUUUCGGCAAGAAGCUUCUGGCUGGCAAGCGGCCCAUGAUCAUCAUGGGUAGCGGUGUCACCGAGCACGCCGAUGCCAAGACCAUGUACGAGAUGGUUGGACAAUUCUUGGAGAGGAACUCGGCCAAAUUCUUGACACCCGAGUGGAACGGAUACAACGUCUUGCAGCGAGCCGCUUCACGUGGUGCCGCCUACGAUGUCGGCUUCGUCCCGCCCUCUGCCACCACUGCGCAAACCACCCCCAAGAUGGUCUGGCUCCUCGGCGCUGACGAGAUCACCCCGGCCGACAUCCCCAAGGGCGCCUUCGUCAUCUACCAAGGCCAUCAUGGUGACCAAGGUGCACAGUACGCGGACGUCGUGCUCCCCGGUGCGGCAUACACCGAGAAGUCUGGAACCUACGUCAACACCGAGGGUCGAGUGCAGCUCACCCGCGCUGCUACUAGUGUUCCCGGUGUCGCACGUGAGGACUGGAAGAUCAUCCGAGCGGCAUCGCAAUUCCUGGGUGCUCAGCUCCCCUACGACACACUCGCCCAGGUGCGGUACCGGAUGGAGGAGAUCUCGCCGGCACUGACACGUUACGAUGUCGUCGAGCCUGCUUCCAUGAGCGCCGUCGGCAACAAAGUUCAACUGGUGGACUCUAACAGGGGUUCUAAGCCCACCAACGCACCGCUCACCAAGGUUAUCGAGAACUUCUACUUCACCGAUGCGAUCUCGAGGAGCAGUGCGACCAUGGGCCGGUGCUCGGCAGCAAAAAUGCAGAAGGAGGGAAUCGAGGCGGAUCCUUCUGGUGGUGAGGCGGCAUACGCGGCUACUGCGUGAUAGAUGGUAGAGUAGAUACACGGUGGCUCGAUUUCCUUUCUGUCUUCUUCUUCACCCUUCUUCGUUUCAUAUUCUAUGUCUAUGUUUUUUCUGUUUGGGUUUACUGUUUUUCUUUUGCGCACAGCGUCUUCUGCGCAAAGAUAUGGGGACGGCGGCGAUGGCGAGGGGGUUAUGGGAGGUGCGGGCGGAGGUGUAAUAUAAGACACAAGACACGCAUUUCCCCUAGUGACGAAUCGAUGUGUUGCGACGAAUCGCCUGAGUAGUAUCCAACUACGGCCAUCAUAGAUAUGGGGAUUCAAAG